AUGUCUACCCUUCGUCUGGCUGCGCGUCGUCUGCCUCGCGCAACCCGACUGGCCCCUUCUCUCCAGUCACCGACCCAGCGACGAUUCGCGGCCUCGGCCAGUGCUUCACAAGAUGCGAAAUCCCAAGCACCAAAAGGUCUCACCCACCCCGAUCCCUCGCAGGACUCCAUCACUCAGUCGUUCAUCAACGAGCGGGCUCCCUUCAUGGUCCCGACAUACGUUCGCCCGGCACCUAUGAUGAUGAAGGGCCAGGGCUGCUACCUGUGGGAUAUGGAGAACAGACGGUAUCUGGAUUUGACGGCCGGAAUUGCGGUCAACUCUCUUGGCCACUGUGACCCCGAAAUCGCCAAGAUUGUUGCCGAGCAGGCCGAAACCCUCCUCCAUGCCUCGAACUUGUACCACAACCCUUGGACUGGCGCCCUGAGCCAGCUGCUGAUUAAGUUGACUCGUGACUCCGGUGCUAUGCGCGAUGCCUCACAAGUCUUCAUUUCUAACUCGGGAACCGAGGCCAAUGAGGCCGCCAUCAAGUUUUCUCGUAAGGUUGGCCGGUCUAUUGACCCCUCGGGCGCCAAGCACGAGUUUGUUUCAUUCCAUAACUCUUUCCACGGCCGUACAAUGGGCGCUCUCUCUGCCACCCCGAACCCCAAGUACCAGACCCCGUUCUCGCCUAUGCUUCCCGGCUUCAAGUACGGAAACUACAAUGACAUUGAGCAACUUCAGACCCUGAUCACCGAUAAGACUUGCGGUGUGAUCGUCGAGCCCAUCCAGGGUGAGGGUGGUGUCAACGUGGCAAACCCGGAGUUUCUGGUUGCACUGCGCAAACGUUGUGAUGAGGUGGGCGCCGUCCUGGUUUUCGAUGAGAUCCAAUGUGGUUUGUCCCGAACCGGUAGCUUCUGGGCCCAUGGCCACCCCUCUCUUGCUCCGGCGUCCGGCGAGGCCGCUCAUCCCGAUAUCCUGACCACUGCCAAGGCCUUGGGUAAUGGUAUCCCUAUUGGCGCGACCAUUGUCUCCGGCAAGACUGUCGCCUCUCACAUCAAGACAGGUGACCAUGGCACUACCUUUGGUGGUAACCCCAUGGCGUGCCGUGUUGCCUACCAUAUCCUUGAGCGCCUUGCCGCCCCCGAACUCCAGAGCGCCGUCAAAGAUAAGUCAACUCUGUUCACCUCUGGCUUCCAAGCUCUGCAGCAGAAGUUCCCCGAUGUGAUCUCAGAGUUCCGUGGUCGGGGCCUGAUCCUGGGCGUCCAGCUCUCCCCGGCUUUCUCGGCCAAGGCUGGUGAUAUCAUUACGGCCGCCCGUGAGCGCGGUCUGCUAAUUAUCACUGCUGGCGACGGUUGUAUCCGUUUUGUGCCUCCGUUGACCAUCACAGAGGAGCAGAUCCAGAAUGGCUUGGACCUCCUCGAACAGGCCAUCGAGUCAGUUGUGACCAAGGCUUGA